AAAGACCAUUUACAGUAAACAGUUAUCUCCAACAGAGAAUCAUCCACAACUAACUAAAACAAGUCUCUUCUCAACCUCUGACUCUGAUACUCAUACUGAUCCAUGAAUUCCACAAUAUACACCACACCACCAUCCCACCCAUCUUCACUCUUCCCAAACAUCACACUCUGCAAAACCAUCAAACACUUGAAGCAAGUCCAUGCCCAUAUGAUCAAAACCGCUCAAAUCCACGACCCUCUGGCUGCUGCCGAAGUUCUCAGAUUCUCUGCUCUUUCGAAUCACCGUGAUAUCCACUACGCACACAAGGUAUUCGACCAAAUGCACCAACCAAAUUGCUUUUCUUGGAACACUAUAAUCAGAGCUCUUGCUGAGAGCAAUGACGAUGGUAAACCACUGGCUGCCUUGUUGUUGUUCUUUCAAAUGGUUUGUGAUGCUUCUGUGGAACCCAAUCAGUUUACGUUUCCUUCUGUGUUGAAAGCCUGUGCCCAAACGUCGAGGCUUAAAGAAGGGAUGCAAGUUCAUGGGUUGGUUGUGAAGUAUGGACUGGAUAGUGAUGAGUUUGUAGUUAGCAAUCUUGUUAGGAUGUAUGUGAUGUGUGGGGUUAUGAAGGAUGCCCAUUUGUUGUUUAUAAGGAAUUUGAUUGAAUUUGAUGAAGGGGAUGAAGUUGUGAGGAAUAAUAAAAAAAAGGAAGAGGGUAAUGUAGUUUUAUGGAACGUAAUGGUUGAUGGGUAUGUGAGACUUGGGGAGUUUGGUGCUGCUAGGGAAUUGUUUGAUAGCAUGCCUCAAAGAAGUGUAGUGUCAUGGAAUGUGAUGAUAUCUGGGUAUGCUCAAAAUGGUUUAUUUAAGGAGGCAAUAGAGAUGUUUCGUGAGAUGCAGAUAGGAGAUGUGUGCCCAAAUUACGUGACUUUGGUUAGUGUUCUGCCAGCAAUUUCACGUUUCGGGGCGCUUGAAUUGGGGAAAUGGGUACAUUUGUAUGCAGAGAAGAAUGGGAUUGAAAUUGAUGAUGUUCUUGGUUCUGCUUUGGUUGAUAUGUAUUCUAAGUGCGGGAGCAUUGAGAAGGCACUUCAAGUUUUUGAGAGAUUGCCAAGAAAGAAUGCAAUCACUUGGAGCACAAUAAUUGGUGGACUUGCAAUGCAUGGUCGAGCAAACGAUGCACUUGAUUAUUUUUCAAGGAUGGAAAGAUUUGGAGUGACACCUAGUGAUGUUACUUAUAUUGGUGUGUUGAGUGCAUUUAGCCAUGCUGGUUUGGUGGACGAGGGGCGAUCUUUUUUCAGCCACAUGGUUAAGGCAGUUGGCUUUGAACCCAGAAUUGAACAUUAUGGGUGUAUGGUUGAUCUAUUAGGUCGUGCUGGACAUUUAGAAGAAGCUGAAGAGCUUAUCUUAAACAUGCCAAUCGAGCCAGAUGAUGUGAUCUGGAAAGCCUUACUUGGUGCUUGUAAGAUUCAUGGUAACAUAGAAAUGGGCAGACGAGUUGCAAAGGUUUUGAUGGAUAUGGUUCCUCAUGAUAGCGGGUCUUAUGUGGCUCUCUCAAAUAUGUAUGCGUCUUCAGGAAAUUGGGAGGCAGUUGCAGAUGUGAGGUUGAUGAUGAAGGAGAUGGACAUAAGGAAAGACCCUGGAUGCAGUUGGAUAGAGCUUGACGGAGAAAUUCAUGAGUUUCUAGUAGACGAUGACUCCCAUUCUAGAGCCAAAGAAAUCCAUUCAAUGUUGGAUGAAAUUGCCAACCAAUUAAGGUUGAUAGGCCAUAGGCCAGACACCUCACAAGUCUUGCUCAACUUGGAUGAAGAAGAAAAAGAAAGUGCCUUGCAAUAUCAUAGUGAGAAGAUUGCAGUUGCCUUUGGCUUAAUCUGUACAAGUCCUCAUACACCACUUUGGAUUGUGAAGAACCUACGUAUAUGUGAAGAUUGUCACUCCUCAAUGAAACUAAUCUCAAAAAUUUACAAACGUAAGAUAAUCAUACGUGACCGGAAGCGCUUUCACCAUUUUGAGCAUGGGUCUUGUUCAUGUAAGGAUUACUGGUAAUAACUCAAUUAUAUGUACAUAGUUGGCGGUCUCGACUCUCUGGUGCAACCGUAUACACAAUUGAUUCAAAAUAUUUUAGAAAAUUACAUAGUCAUACCAAUUGUAUCCAAUGUCUUAUUUCUUCAAAACAGAGCCUUGCUUGUAUCCAUUUGGUGGAUGUAUGUCUAUUAGCAUUGGCAUCGGGGGUGUAAAACUCUCCAAAUUGCUAUUUUAUAUUCUUAGAAGCCCAAAACAUGCUUUUUUCCGGGCUGCUAUUGCUAAUACAUUUUAGCAACUAUGAACACUGUAGCAUGGUUGU